CGAGCGAGCUCUGGCCAGGUCCAGAAGAAGGAGGGUUUGGUUUUGGUUUUGAACCCGGGGAGGGGAGGCCUUUCCCAGAGGCAGCCGAGGAGCUUUCUGGGAGCCACCCCCUGGAAAACAAAACUUUUCCCCCUCCAGGGUCUGACAUCAGUGGAGCAGAGCAGCCAAGAAGAAGGAGGAAGAGCAGCAGGAGGAGGAGGAGGAGGAGGAGGAGAAGCUGCUGCUCAGGAGCCUGGAAAGAAGGAAGGAGGACAGGCAGAAAGGCUGACCAAGGAGGGGGCCCACUUGGGGAGGGGCCUUUGGGUGCCCCCACCCUUCUUUCUUUGCCUGUGUUCUCCGCUUUGAAGGACUGGGGGGAUCUGGCUUCUUCUCCCUCUCUCUCUCCCCUCCCUCCCUCCUCUUGUUGGGGGCGCUGGGAUGCGAGGCGCCCUUCCCCCGGAGGGCCAUGUAUUGGAAGAGCAGCCAGAGGUUGGGCUGUAAGCUGGACGACAAGGACCGGCCCGCGCUGCUCAGCCUCGCCCCCGAAAAGCUCCCGAGGUUCAUGGCUGAGGAGUGCGGGCGAGUGGCAGCCACGGCGCCGGUGGCCCCGGCGGGAAGGCGGCGGAAAAGCGCCGGAGAGAGCGGGCUGGUGAGUCCGGAGGCGGCCGGAGACGAGGACUCCUGCUCUUCCUCGGCCCCGCUCUCGCCCUCCUCUUCGCCCCGAUCGCUGGCCUCGGGCUCCGGCGGCUGCGCCCCCAGCAAGUGCCUCUGCAACAGCUGCGGCCUGGAGAUCAUCGACAAGUACCUUCUCAAGGUAAAUGAUUUGUGUUGGCAUGUGCGCUGCCUCUCCUGCAGCGUGUGCAGGACCUCCUUAGGAAGGCACACCAGCUGUUAUAUCAAAGACAAAGAUAUUUUCUGCAAACUUGACUAUUUCAGACGGUAUGGAACUCGUUGUUCCCGUUGUGGCAGGCACAUCCAUUCUACUGACUGGGUCCGAAGAGCUAAGGGAAAUGUGUAUCACUUGGCAUGCUUUGCCUGCUUCUCCUGCAAAAGGCAGCUUUCCACUGGGGAGGAGUUUGCUUUGGUUGAAGAAAAAGUCCUCUGUAGGGUACAUUAUGACUGCAUGUUGGAUAAUCUGAAAAGAGAGGUGGAAAAUGGGAAUGGUAUUAGUGUAGAAGGUGCGUUAUUAACAGAACAAGAUGUUAAUCAUCCAAAACCAGCAAAGAGAGCUCGGACCAGUUUCACAGCAGAUCAGCUGCAGGUAAUGCAAGCACAGUUUGCUCAGGACAACAACCCAGAUGCACAAACACUUCAAAAACUGGCAGAAAGAACAGGCUUGAGCAGGCGUGUGAUACAGGUGUGGUUUCAAAACUGCAGAGCACGCCACAAGAAACAUGUUAGCCCCAAUCAUUCAUCUACUACUCCUGUUACAACAGUCCAGCCUUCCAGGCUUUCUCCACCCAUGUUAGAAGAGAUGGCAUAUUCAGCAUACGUACCCCAAGAUGGGACAAUGUUAACUGCUCUGCAUAGUUACAUGGAUGCUCAUUCACCUUCUGCUCUUGGACUCCAGCCUCUGUUACCCCAUUCAAUGACACAGCUGCCAAUAAGUCACAGCUAAUUCAUUUCUUUCAGGGACAUGAGACUAAGGAGGUACCCUUGAGUCACCUAUUAUAUUCUGUCAUUGAAAAUCAGUUUAAUCUUAAAUA